GUCAUAACCCUGUCUCCAAAUAGAUCCUGAGCACCCGGAACUUGCCUGGGUCACUUGAUUUAGGGCAUUUUGAUUGACCUUUCCCUCCCUUUUAAUACUGAAGCGAUCUGCGGCUGCCCAUUUUUCUUAGAGAGAUGGGCGACAAUUUCUGCACAGUUCAUCAUGAAGCACCGGCCAGUGCAUGAAAGGCAAUCUAGCACAGAGAGCAAGAAUUUGAAAGAAACGACACAACUCAUAAUGCAGUCAAGCUCUGACCAUACCCACCAUCAACUUGGAAGUAAUGACAGCCCAUCAGCAUGCAUGUCUCUUCCUGUUCCUCAACUCUCGGCAGAAGGAUCUUGCACAGUUGGUGAUGUGACAGUAGACUUAAGCUCACAAGAUUCUCAGCAUGUGGCUAGGUCCAACUCCAGGCGAGUUAGGCCAAGCACUCAUGGACGCUCUCCGAGUAGACAUGGCCAUACCCAUUCUCAUGAUGCAAGUGGGCCUGAAGAUGCCAAUGAUGAUUCCAGGGAGCAGAGCAAUAGUAUCUCAGAGGUCUUCCAUUUGUAUAAGUGGUUGGAAAAAAGCUUUCCCUAUAUCUUGAUCUUCAGUGCCAAGCUUGUCGUUCAGCACAUAACAGGCAUUUCUGUUGGGAUUGGUCUGCUAACAACUUUUCUGUAUGCAAACAAAUGCAUUGUAAAUCAGGUUUUUCUAAGAGAUAAGUGUUCAAAGCUGCAGUGUCUUUGGGUCCUGGUAUUCUUAUUAUUUUCCUCGUUCCUUCUGUAUUACACUUUUUCUUCUCAGGCACUUUAUUACAGUUUGGUGUUUAUGAAUCCGUCUCUUGGACCUCUACAUUUUUUUGAUGCUUUGUGGGUUGUGGGGAUCACAGACUUUAUUGGGAAAUUUUUCUUUAUGGGCCUUAAAUGCAUCAUACUACUAGUGCCAUCCUUUGUUAUGUCUCAUAAAUCCAAGGGCUACUGGUAUAUGGCUUUAGAAGAACUUGCUCAGUGUUAUUGUACUCUUGUUUCAACUCCGGUUUGGUUCCGUUACCUUAUUGAUUAUGGCAAUCUGGACAGUGGUGCUGAAUGGCAUUUUGGGAUACUGCUGGCUCUUCUCUACCUCAUCUUAAAAAUUUUAAUUAUUUUUGGACAAAGAAAAACGUCUUCAGAUUGUUUACGUUUAUUUCUUUCACAGCCAAAUUAUGGAACAACUGCGACAAAAAGACAGUGUUCAGAAGCUGAUGGGAUGUGUGCAAUCUGCCAAGCUGAAUUUACAAAGCCGAUUGCUCUUAUAUGUCAGCAUGUAUUCUGUGAAGAAUGUAUAUCAUCGUGGUUCAACAAAGAGAAAACAUGCCCACUCUGCCGGACUCUGAUUUCCAACCAUAGUCACAAAUGGAAAGAUGGAGCCACCUCUCUACAACUCCGAAUCUUCUAGAUUAAAGCUAUUUAGCAAAUCUGUUUUAUGUCCUUAUUUAUAAUUCUUAUUUUAGCAAUAAGUACAUCUGUUUACAUCAGAUGAAAUUGCCCUCAAAGUACUGAAUGAUGUGAUUUAUUAGAAAAAAAGUG